CGGAGGUUACGUGAAAAACAUCAAGCUUCUGCUGAGUCAUGGCGCUGAAAUCAACUCUCAAACGGGCAGCAAGCUGGGAAUUUCACCUCUCAAGCUCGCGGCGGCCGUUGAGGUCAAGAACAAAAAGGGCAAAUCUCCACUUUGGCUCGCUGCCAACGGAGGCCACCUGGCGGUCGUGGAGGUUCUGUGCAACGCAGGAGCCCACAUCGAUUCCCAGGACAAUCGUAAAGUGUCCAGCCUUAUGGCAACGUUCCGUAAGGGCCACACCAAGGUCGUCAAGUGGAUGGUGAACUACAAACGGAAGAAGCGCAGAAAGGCUGAAAAGCGCGAACAGCAGCGCAAACUAGUCGAAGGCGAAGCCGAAAUCCAGUGCAAAAAAAUCCCCGAAGAAUCGUUCGACAAACAAGGCCCUGCCAACGAAACUCCGGCCAUUCGGUCCGCGUGGUUCGAGGUCGUGUUGGCGUUACUUCAGCACACGCCGUUCCUGGUGGCCGGGCGCUCGUGA